GACUUGUAAGUUGACCAGUAUGUAGAAACGAGGAAACGAAAAAAAAUAAAAUGGCUCCCAACACUCGCCUUUGGAAGAGAGAUGCUGAGGCGGAUAGUGAUGCGACCAAACUUGCAGAGGCAGCAAGUACGCUGGCCACAAAAAUAUUUGGGCACAAGCAAAAGCACCAUACUACUACAACAGAAUCGGAAAUAGACCUGGAAGAGAAUGAGGACUUCAGCACAGCGUUGCCGACCAAGGGUGAGGCGGAAAAGCUGGGAGAUAAGGCGGCUGAGAUGACCGAGGCCCUGGCGCACGAGAUGGGCAUUCCAACGUGGGGUCUUGUUUCCAUCAUCAUCUUCAUAGUACUGAUUAUCCUGGGCAUAUGCGGUUUCUGUAUUCGACGCUGCUUCCGCAAAAGACGAUCCAAAGAUGGCAAGAAGGGCAUGAAAGGAGUUGAUUUGAAAUCGGUACAAUUAUUAGGUUCAGCAUACAAAGAAAAGGUACAACCCGAUAUGGAAGAACUAACAGAAAAUGCAGAAGAGGGAGAUGAGGGCGAAAGCAAGCAGAGCGAACAAAAGCUUGGCAAACUCCAGUAUAAGCUGGAAUAUGAUUUCAAUUCAAAUGCCCUCACCGUCACCGUGAUACAAGCGGAAGAGCUUCCUGCUCUGGAUAUGGGCGGUACUUCCGAUCCAUACGUCAAAGUAUACCUGUUGCCCGAUAAGAAGAAAAAGUUUGAAACGAAGGUUCACCGGAAAACGUUGAAUCCAGUAUUCAACGAAUCGUUCACGUUCAAGAGCCUUCCAUACGCCGAAGCCAUGAAUAAGACGCUUGUGUUCGCUAUUUUUGAUUUUGAUCGCUUCUCAAAACACGACCAAAUCGGGGAGGUUAAGGUGCCGCUCUGCCAGAUCGACUUGGCGCAAACGAUCGAAGAAUGGAGAGAAUUACAAAGCGUUGAGGGUGAAGGUGGACAGGAAAAUAAGUUGGGAGACAUUUGCUUCUCGUUACGUUAUGUACCCACUGCAGGUAAAUUAACUGUCGUUAUCUUGGAAGCGAAAAAUCUCAAGAAGAUGGAUGUUGGUGGCUUAUCAGAUCCAUACGUCAAGAUAGCUCUGAUGCAGAAUGGCAAGCGUUUGAAAAAGAAAAAGACUAGUAUCAAAAAAUGUACACUAAACCCCUACUACAAUGAGUCGUUCUCAUUUGAAGUUCCUUUCGAACAAAUACAAAAAGUGAAUCUUGUCGUCACCGUGGUGGACUAUGAUCGCAUCGGAACCUCAGAACCAAUCGGAAAGGUGGUUCUAGGAUACAACGCAAGUGGCACUGAGCUUCGUCACUGGUCGGACAUGCUGGCAUCCCCGAGGCGCCCGAUUGCGCAGUGGCACACGCUGAAAGAUCCUGAUGAUGACAAGAAGGACUAAGCAGCAACAACCAACCGAGCACCGAUCAGAGGAUGAAGAAGUUGGGAUCGUGAACUGGCCCGACUGGCGUAGACAGUCACGUAUAAUCAUCAAGACACACGGUAGCACUGUAUAAUACCCUUUUCAAUAGUCUUCUGUACAUCCUGCACACAAAUGUGUGUACUUGCGUUACUUUUCAUUCUGAUAGGUUGACACUAGUGGUACAUCUUACUACUCACAUAAAAUGUCCGUGGAAAACCUCUCUCCCACUGAAAUUAUUUAUUUACUUUGAGCUGUUUUAAAUUCUGUUAAAUCAAAGUCCAUAACGGCUAAGAGCCCUAACCGAAUGGAUCAUGGCGGUUGGCAUUUACGAUAAAUUGCCGAUGAAAGUUUGUUGGUAGAAAAGGCUUGGUGCACUUUUAACAAAAACAGUUUAGCCAUAGAUAAUACAAUAGAUAGAUACGUUGAAAACACAAACAUUACGAUCAUGUCAUAGGCAAACCAAAAACUAUGUCAUUCCAUAGGAGGGGGCGCUAUAACGUGUUUUCAUGGUUGGUCCAUGUGCAUCCUCAAAUCAAACUCAAAAUUUUACAAUUAUUUUUAAGUUUUACACAUAAACCCUGUCAGUUAAGGAGUUUGCCAUCCAUAACUCUCAAUGUUCUGCAUUAAAAGUUCAUAACAGAGAUAAAACGGUUGAAAAUUUUAACUUUAGUUCCACUUCUAGCUUAGGGAUGAUCAUAUAUAAUGUUGAGUUUAGCAAUGUACAUCGAUUUUGAGCCAACGCUUUUAUCGUUCAUCCGACGUGUUUUCGUUAUUCAUGCCUUUAUUAUUGCAGUGACAAAAGUAAAAUUGUUAAAGACCACCUGGAGAUGCUAUUCAUUUGGCAGAAUUUUCCCAACAAUGUGGAAAUAAGGCAGAAAAAACGAAAUAGGAUAAUGUCAGUCAAAGAAAAAAAUACCGUCUGUAUUUCUUGUUGAAUAAUAUUGAAAAGCUAUUGAACUAUUUAUUGUUAAAUAAAUAAUCUAACUAAAACAUAUUAGGCAUAUAUAACCAUAAACAAGUUAAAAAUACCUGGGCAACUGUAUUGCGAGGAAAGCAGUAUUUCUUAACAAAUAAUAUCAGUUCGGGAUUCAGAUAUCAUUGUAUGACAUACAGUAACACAUACAUAAUAUCUCAUAGCAAAGUAGCAUGUAAUCGUACAGAUAGGGAUUCUGUUGUUACAAUGACGUUAAUUUGCAAUUUUGUGUUCCUCAAAUGCAACCUUAGAUUAGUUCAAAAGAGACUACCUUGUCACAAUUUAUGUAAUAACCGGUUACAGUUUUAAUUACAAUUCUGGAGCUAUGGUCUCAAUGAAGAAUAGAUGAUGAUAGUAAACGAAAAUUUGGGAGUGAAUGUAGUAGCCGAACCACGCACGCGUGUAGUAAUCGAUAUGUCUUUGGUUUCAGCAUAAUCUUGAUUCAUUGUCUGAGAAUUUCAUUCAAAAACGCAUAAAGAGAAAUAAAACACUAAAAGUUUAACGCGAUCCAAUUUCCAACAUUAAACUAAUAAAUAGUAUGCUCCAAAUGCGAAUAUUUAACGAUGGAAGAUUGAAAAAGCUUUUACCAAUAAUACCGAUAAUACCGACUCUGGACCUCUGGAAAGAGUUGAACGGACGUAUGCAGAACUUUAAAAAUAUAACAAUAAUUAGUAAUAUAUAAGAUAAUCUUUAACUAUCAAGAACGCAUUGCGAGAGUAUGUAUAUUAAGAUAUUGUAAAUCAAACGCUAAUAAAGUAUUAAAGUGUAA